AUGAUUGAAAAGGGCGGGGACUAUGGGCAGCAGUUGAAGAGGACCCUUUGGACCUUAGCGCAGCCCCGAGCAGGGAGGGAGGGAGUGUCUCGGGUUAUUUGGAAGGAUAAAGGUCCUCCUGUGGAUCCAGAUUCGCAGGCCGAGAACCCCGAGCUAAAUGUCCUGCUGUUGGGUUCAGUGGAUGGGCGGCACUUGCUACGGACCUUGGCCCGGGCAGCUCUCUGGCCUCGAAGGAGGUUCCACUUUUAUGUGCUGGAGAAUAAUCUGGAAGCUGUAGCCCGACACAUACUGAUCUUCAGCCUAGCCCUGGAGGAUCCUGAGAAGAUGGGGCUGCAAGAGAGGAGCGAGACCUUCCUGGAGGUGUGGGGGAACGCGUUGCUGCGCCCCCCGGUGGCCGCCUUCGUGCGCGCCCAGGCCGGCCGCCUGGCUCACCUGGUGCCGGAGCCCGACCGCCUGGCGGAGCAGCUGCCCUGGCUCAGCCUGGGCUCCCUCAAGUUCCGCGAACGCGACGCCCUGGAGGCCGUGUUCCGUUUCUGGGCCGGAGGGGAGAAGGGGCCGGAGGCUUUCCCCAUGAGCCGCCUGUGGGACUCGAGGCUGCGCCAGUACCUGGGCUCCCGGUACGACGCGCGGCACGGCGUCAGCGACUGGGACCUGCAUAUGAAGCUUCACGACCGUGGGGCCCGAGUCAUCCAUACCCGCGAGUUCAGGCGCUGGAGGGACACGGGCGUUGCCUUUGAACUCAGAGACUCCAGCGCCUAUCAUGUGCCCAACCGGACCUUGGCGUCAGGUCGCCUCCUGAGCCACCGCGGGGAGCGCGUGGCAGCGCGCGGGUAUUGGGGGGACAUCGCCACGGGGCCCUUCGUGGCCUUCGGCAUCGAAGCGGACGACGAGACCCUCCUGAGGACCAGCAACGGGCAACCAGUCAAGACCGCAUGCGAGAUCACCGAGCACAACGUGGCGGAGCUCUUCCGAGAGAUGGCCGCCUGGGGGCACCCGAGAGCCGCCGAGGGGGACCCGGAGCAGGUGCAGGGCGGCGCGGAGGGAAGCCCGGAGCCCGCCCCUGCCCUGGAGCCCUUCACUGUCCACUUCCUGCCCCUUGAUUCUGCCCACACCCUCCACCACAAGAGCUGCUACAAGGGACAGUUCCAGCUCCUCUACGUGGCCUGUGGGAUGGUCCAUCUUCUCAGCCCAGAGCUGGGGGCCUGUGUGGCCCCCAGAGGACGCCUGAUUGUCGAAUUAGCCCAGUUCCUAGUGGACCUGCGGCAGGAGCAGCUGCAGGCAUUCUCCAGCCGGGUCAGGGAGCUAGCACAAGCGGCUGGAUUCGCCCCACAGUUGGGGGGCAAGCCCUCGGACACCUUCGCGCGCUUCUACAAGGCCGGGGACUCAGCUCCCGGCCACCACGAGGACCAGGCUGUGGAAUCUGGGACUCCGCCCCCUGAAGUCCUGGCCCCGCCCCUUGAGGCAACCGACUGGCCCUCUGAGCACCGGACCCAGCCCCUUGAACCGGAGACCCCACCCUCUGAACCCCUCAAACUGACCUCAGAGUCUCAGGCUUCACUCUUGGAGGCUUCAGUUCCGCCCACAGGGAGUCAGGACCCCAAAUCAGAGAAUCAGAAUGUUCCUCCAGAGACCAAGUCCCCCAUCCCCGACCUAUAA